UUGCUUAUCGACGGUGGCAGUCAUCCUCAUCAUCUACCUGAAGAAUCUCAAAAGAAAAGGCGAAGCACGGCGGUUUUUUUUUUGUCGAGCUUCAAUGGCGGCUUCAUUCACAACCCUGUCAAACGCGAGGUCACUCUCUGCUGCUCCACGGAGCUUUACGCAACCCAAAAUUGCUGCUCCCACAUGUAGUUCUCUCCGACUAGGGAAGAGAUUCGCUUUCAAUUCCGCCAUGUUUUCGUGCCAGCGAUCCUUCUCUGGCUCAUCGUGCCUCGUUACGAGCCGAACCAACCGCUACUUCUCGGUUCAAGCUAGUUCCGAGGUAGCAGAUGUUCAAUCGAAGAUAACCCACAAGGUGUAUUUCGAUAUAAGCGUUGGAAAUCCGGUGGGAAAGCUCGCUGGGAGGAUUGUCAUUGGAUUAUAUGGCGACGAUGUGCCCCAAACCGCGGAAAAUUUCCGUGCUCUUUGCACGGGUGACAAGGGCUUUGGCUACAAGGGCUCUACAUUCCAUCGUGUCAUCAAAGAUUUCAUGAUUCAGGGAGGAGAUUUUGAGAAGGGCAAUGGAACUGGCGGGAAAAGUGUAUAUGGCCGGACGUUCAAAGACGAGAAUUUCAAGUUAUCGCAUAGCGGACCAGGAGUUGUCAGCAUGGCAAAUGCUGGCCCAAAUACAAAUGGAAGUCAAUUUUUCAUCUGCACUGUCAAGACACCAUGGCUCGACGGGAGACACGUGGUGUUUGGGCAAGUGGUGGAGGGAAUGGAGGUGGUGAAGCUGAUAGAGUCACAAGAGACAGACAGAGGAGACCGUCCGAGGAAGAAAGUCGUCAUUGCCGACUGCGGUCAGCUUCCCAUGUCCAAUGCGUAAUCUCUCUUCCCUUCAGUUUUGGACAUUCCCCCAUUUGAGGUUUUGUUUCCUCUCUCUCUCUCUCUUAAAACAUGAUGGAAGAGUUUCAGUUUUCUGUUUGUUGGUUCAGUGUUUAAAUUUACAGUUGUUCCUUUUUUUUUAAUGAUGUUUUUGGAUUUUGCAGUUUAUAAGUUGAAAUCCAGCUUUUAUUAAAUUAA